AUGGAAGGUUUUGAAAGAUUGAAAAAGUUAGAUAUUAGUGGGAAUAGAUUCAAUAAAAGCAUAUUAUCAUCAUUGGGAGCUCUUACAUCACUCAACACAUUAAUUCUUAGUAGCUCGUUUGAUUCAAGGGAUAGUUCAUUCCCUAUUCAAGAAUUAAAGAACUUUAAGAAUUUAACAUUCUUGGAUAUAAGUGAUAACAGUUUCAACGGCACCCUAUCAUUUAAAGAAUUUUCGACUUUCAAAAGGUUAGAGACUUUGAAUUUGGAGGAUAAUGCUUUCACCGGAUAUAUUCUGGAAGAUAUGUGGGCUCCACUUUCUUUGAAAGCAUUAUAUUUAUAUGGUAACAAAUUCAGUGGCUCUUUUUCAAAGCAAAGUUUGUGUAGUUUAAAAGAUCUUCAACAUUUAGAUCUCAGCUAUAAUGAAUUUGGAGGCACUCUUCCUCGAUGCCUUGGCAAUUUGACAUCUUUCACAAUCCUAGAUCUAUCUGGAAACCAACUAGCAGGGUAUCUUCCUUCAUUUUGGCCACCUAAGCUCCAAUAUGUUGAUCUUAGCCAUAAUCAUCUUGAGGGCGUAUUCUCUUCUAAUUAUUCCAGCCUUGAGAAUGGUUGGAUUCCAUCAUUUCAGUUAAGGACUCUUAUAAUGCAAGAUUGUGGUCUCGAAAGUAUUCCUGAGUUUCUGUUUCACCAAUUCAAAUCGGAAGUACUUGACCUUUCUCACAACAAACUAAAAGGAAGAUUUCCUUAUUGGUUACUUCAUAACAAUGGAGGACUUGAGAUCCUAAAUUUCAUGAAUAAUUCUUUCAAUGGCCAGCUUGAAAUUGAGGCAAAGAUGCUUUCGAGCAUGACAUAUCUUAAUUUAGCCAGAAACCAUUUUGAAGCAUUGUUUAACUUGACUCGAAUUGCUGAUUUGCAAUUGAAUGACAACAAAUUCGAAGGAACCUAUCAAGUUUACUCACCAAUUUUAGUCAUCAAAGCUAUGACCCAGAAGUGCUACAUUGGAGCAACAAUCAAUUGCACGGUGAGAUUCCUCACUGGAUGGGUAAACAUCACAGGAUUGGAAUAUCUCAACUUGCGCGAUAAUCUUUUUCAAGGUCAGAUUUCAUGCCAACUUCUUUCAACAGGAAUAAAGUAUCUAGACCUUUCUUAUAAUUCUCUUUCUGGGUUGUUACCUUCUUGCUUCAAUGGAAAUUCUUUGCAACAAAUAAAUUUGCAAGGUAAUAGAUUCAGUGGUUCAAUACCUGAAACUUUGGUUAAUAUCUCAACACUGAACUCAUUAGACUUAAACGACAAUGAGUUGUCCGGCACCAUUCUUAAUAAACCUGGUGAAAAUUUAAGUGGUUUACGAGUUCUUUUAUUAUGUGGAAAUCAUUUCAGUGGCUUCAUUCCAAAUUGGAUGUGUCAGCUGAAUAUUGUUAGCUUAUUGGAUCUCUUAAAGAACUCCUUUUUUGGGUCUAUACCCCACUGCUUAUAUAAUCUCUCAUUUGGAAGGGAAGGUGAAGGACCUCUCUAUGGUCCAUUCAGUGACAAACUUGUUGAAUGGGGGAUAGGAUAUUGGGGCAGCAGCGAAAUUCUCUUAGAUAACACAGCUUCUUUUGAUGCUGAGGUUGAUGAAGAAAGUGAGUUUGUUACAAAAUAUAGAGCCCAUACAUAUAAGAAUAAGGCUCUUAACUACAUGUCUGGAUUAGAUUUGUCAGAUAAUAACCUAACGGGUGAAAUUCCAUAUGAACUUGGAGCGCUAUCUCAUAUGAAGGGAAUCCAUUUCUUUGUGGAACUCAAGUGA